AUGCCUCUCAAGGACGGAAUUUUCAUCAUCGCCAGCACUCUCCCCACCAAUCCAGUUCUUGAUAUAUAUGGCACGGCCGUCGCCUUCAACAGCCCCCUCUCUGGCGUCGUUGGUUUCGCAAGGCAGAAUACCGACACUAAACACCAGCAGUGGGUUGUAACCACUCUUCGCCGGGGUGUUUAUAGCCUGAGAUCCGUUCUCGGUAACGCUUAUAUCACUGCUCCCGUCGAUGGCAGUGUUGCACAGCUCGACACGUCCGUAUAUGACCCUGUCAAUAACGAAGCUACCCGUUGGAAAAUAACGAACGUCGGAGUUGACACCUACAUAAUUGAGAGUGUACAAUUCCCAAACUGUGUUAUAGAUCUCCAGUAUGCUAGCUCCGAUGACAACACUCCUGCUCUUCUGUAUCCGAAUCACCAAACCGCCAAUCAGAUCUGGAAAUUUCUCCCUAUUGCGAUUUAG